AUGGCCGACGACGAGCAGCACAAUGUCACCUUCGAGAGCGCCGAUGCCGGUGCCUCCGCGACCUUCCCCAUGCAGUGUUCUGCCUUGAGGAAGAACGGUCACGUCGUCAUCAAGGGCCGCCCCUGCAAGAUUGUCGAGAUGACCACCUCCAAGACUGGGAAGCACGGUCACGCCAAAGUCCACUUGGUUGCCAUCGAUAUCUUCACCGGCAAGAAGCUUGAGGAUCUCUCUCCCUCCACCCACAACAUGGAUGUCCCCAACGUCAGGCGCCAGGAGUACCAGUUGCUCGAUAUCUCCGACGAUGGAUUCCUCAACUUGAUGUCCGACGACGGGACCGCCAAGGAUGAUGUUAAGCUCCCUGAUGGUGAGGUCGGUGAGAAGAUUACGAAGCUCUUCAAGGUCGACGAGAAGGACGUCAACGUCGUUGUCUUGGCCGCCAUGGGCGAAGAGCUCGCUAUGGACGUGAAGGAAGCAGCCAUUCGUACUUAA